AUGGCCACCUCUGCUCUAUCCUUUGCUUUCUCUUCAUUUUCAGCUCCAAAAUCUUCACUUUGCUCGUUUCCAGAGAAAGCCCAGGUAGUCUCAAAGUUGCAGAAAAAUAGUGGCAGAGGUAGGCGAGUCUGGCGCCGGAGGCAAUUGACUAAGGAAGAUGACCUCUUGCGAUAUAAAUUGGAGCGAGUUCCUUUCCUUGAGGAGCAGGUUAGGAAGGUUAAAGAGGAAGGAAAGUUAUUGACAAUGGAUAUCCACAGAUUGUUACUAUCAGAAGAUAAUAGGUUUGAUUUUGUGAAUGAGAUUGCAGCUGAGGCCAUUGAGUAUGUUGAAAAUGACAGAGAUGAAUAUGGAGGAAAGAAAAAAGCCAUUCUACAUGUGCUUAGCAACCGUAUGGACGAUGCUGGGUAUUCCCGUCCAGUGGCAUAUCAAGAAUCUGACCCCUUCCUGCCUGGCCCUACUUAUUUGAGGCAAGAGCUUGAAUAG